GAUAUUUUGGACGUCCAUCUUAAAGGAUUUGGUCAAUACUUAUACAGCAUUUUAUGAUUUUAUGCCAAGGAAAUAAUUUUCAAGAGCAAUAGUGAUGAAGAAAUCAAGAAAUGAAGAAAGAAUAAUGACACCCUCUUGAGCUGCGUCCACGCGUGUGCUUGCAUACAUGUUGUACAAGGAGCAUAUUGAACAAACAAAACAUGCUUGCUUACAACUACAGAAAGGUGAUCUAAUAUCUCUUGUUAUUGCCAUGGAGUGGAAACCAAACCAAAACGCUAACAAAUUGGAUCCUGUACGAGAAAUCCUCGCAAAACUAGACGCUAAGCAAACCAGGACAGGUCUUUCUUUAUACAGUCAAGAGCAACGACAUGGUUCCAGUCCAGCAAUAGUAUCUCCGAAUAGGACAGGAAGCUCACCCAAUCUGCAAGACGAUGUUUACAAAAAGGAUUUUUUUCCUAAUCUAAAGGCUGCRAGAAAAAAGGCACAAGAUAGGAUCACAGCAGGAGAGCUAACUGAUCAACAUCACUUCUCCGUAAAAAGACCGGCUAGGACGAAAAAGAUUCCCCAUAGGUUACCAGAAGCUGCGGAUCAAAUAUCCCAACCAUUAGCACGCAGCAUAGACAGACAUGAUGACAGGAUCAACCUGCCAUACACCAUUCCUGACACUCAAUUUGACAAAGACAAGAUUGAUAUCAAUAUCAACCCAUUUGGAUACAACAGAAGGACGCUGGCCUUUGAUGAACGGAAUAUUAAUUAUGUGGUGGAGUGGCCAGAAACUUGGCCAUUCAAAAUUAUGAGUUUUCAAGAAAAGACAAAACAAGCAAAAAGAAUACCAAAGAGAAUACACCGACCAAAAGAUCCUGAUUUCUCUCAAUUCAUUCCUCGUGACACUCAAGCAUUCCCAUGGAAGGACCCAAUASACCAAGCCAGGGUUCUUGCUCCGGUCGACCAUCCCACCAAACCACCUGUCUUCCCAACAAGACCCUUUGUAGAAUCUGCUGUAAAACGAAGCAGGAAAAUUCAUUCCAAAAAAGAGUUAAGAAGAUUUGUGUUGACAAGCCRAGAACGUGAAUUGCAUUUCAGUUCUCAAAGUGGGGAUCCUCUGGGAAGAGAAGAGAGUGAGUUUGCUGACCUUGGCAAGAGGAUAGAUGUGGAGGAGGAGGAUUAUCACCACCAGCCACAUCGAGAAACAGAAAGCGAACGAGUAGACAGCGUACCAACAUCAACACCAGUMCCCAACGUCCACCCAAAAGAACCUGAUAACGAGGCCAAGGUCGAACGAGAAGCCAAACAAGUGCUAAAUGAYAUUGUCAAUCAAGUCAUCACUGAGGAUAAUGCUCCUAUAUGACAAUUAGCCCUGCGUGAUUUGAGAAAAGUUUGUUGUGAUUCAUACCGCUGGCCAAGUACUAAGCUACCGUCAUCUCAUUCGAUUAUGACGUCAUUUUAAGGUCGUCCCCAAUUUUGUCACGUGACGAAAUAAACUUUUAGUUAAGCAAGAUUUUGGUUGAUUAGCAUCAAACUCUUGGGCCAUAUCCCCAAAAUUAUGUUAAAUGAUUCUUUCCCGACAAUUAUAUUUUAUUUAUUUUUCCCUCUUGCAUACUUCUUAUACGUUAUGUUAAGACCAAUUUUUGGGCCCAUAUAUGUUUUUUCUCAGGUACCUUGAAAAUUUGAAAUCAUGAAUGAAAAAUAAAUGAAAGUUUGAAAGAGAUAGAUGGAUGAAAACUUUUCACGAAUCACGUGGGAUUUCGAUAAGUGCGAAAUAAACCGCACUAUAUGCAGAUGCAGUGUAAAUAUACAAAGUAAAUAUUGUUGAUUUUGAACGUAAAUACGUGAAAGAUUAAAAUACAAACCGUGUUACUGACAAGGCGCGCAAUAGACCUCUUGCAUGUGACGUCAAAGCAGCUCUWUUUGGAGGACAAAACGAAAUAAUCUCAAUCUCCAGAGAAUUGGAAACAUAUUGUUAUAUCCUCCAAAUUGAGCUGUAUUCCGUCGUACUGCAAGAGGUUUAUAUGCAUGAUGACCGUGCCCGUGUGUCUUAAGAAAUCUGUAGCUAUGAUAUUGGGUUUAGGAUAAUAAAGUAAUUACAAAAUAUUAA